GGACGCUGGACCCCGUGACGGGGACCAUCCUGUUGGCUCCGUCCAUAAGAGAAGGAGCUUCCCGGCUUGGGGCGGCCUCGGGACGGCGGAGCGAGGAAGAGGGACCCCGGACAUCGAGCAGACAGGUGACGGUGGGCAGCCAUGGCAGAAUGCACGGAGCUGGAAUGGGCCGUCCAGGUGCUGGUGAACAACUUCGACAAGUACUCGAGCCGCCGCUGCUGCUGCAAGAAGCCGCGGCGCAUCAGCAAGAAGGAUUUCCGCAAGAUGCUGAGCUGUGAGCUCAACCACAUGCUGACGGACACCGGGAACCGUCGGGCGGCCGACAAGCUCAUCUGCGACCUGGAUGAGAACAAAGACGGGCGCAUCAGCUUCGAGGAGUACUGGACCUUGAUAGGUGGCAUCGCCAGCCCCAUCGCCCAAAUCAUCCGCCAGCAGGAGCUGAGCGUCAAGCUCACCAAGUAGCUGCCUGCAUCGGGAUCAGACCCCCCUUCCCCCAGGGCUCCGUUUCCACCCCCCCCGGGCUCAACCCCUGCUUCUCCGCGGCUCCCCGCUUCUCGCCUCUCCCACUGCCGAGCCCUGCCCCGAGCCCCGGUUUGCCCCGGGACACCCGGGUCUCCCGUGGCUUUGCCGCCCGAGCCACGCCAGGGUGCAAUCAGGGCGAGAAGACCCCCCUGGGUGGGAGCUGGGGGGUGGGAAGCCAUCACAGCCUUGGCCGGGGGGGAGGGUUCCUCCUUGCCCCACACCGUGCCAUCCCUGCUCUUUCACAAGCCCUGUCCUUGCUGGGCUGCUGGGCAAGAAGCAAAGGGAGAGGCUUCCCCUCAUCUAGGACAUGAAUUCUGUCCGUUCUCAGACCUCUGGGGCAUGGCCCCACCGGCAGAAACCCCGUCACGACCGGGACCCCCCGUCCCCUUGGAGCUCCCCCUCAAAGUUAGGGGUCUUUUUGGGCCAAGGCUGCCUUUCCCCCCUGCCCAAGCUGGUGAAGGGUCUCGCCCUGCCUGGUGCUCUGGUCCUUGGGGCUCGGGGAGCAGCGCGGUCCCGGCCGAGCCAACACCACCGUGGUUAUUUAUUGCAGCAAUAAA